AUGUUAAUAUUGUUAUCUCUUCUGGUUGAAAUCCAGAGGUUGCCAACAGGUGGCUAUGAUUACUUCUACCAGUUUGGCAGAGGCAACUGGCAGAAAGAAUGGAUAGUCACAAAAGCAGAAAAUUACACAGGACAAUGGGGAACAAUAAGAGCUGCGUCUCCCACAGGUCUUGAUGACGAAACACUUCUUUUCAUGAAGGAUGGGCCUAAAUACUUUGGUAUUUCUCAUCCUUUUGAAACUCCAAUUAACAUAACAAACAAUACUUUUGUAUUUCAAUACGAAAUCAGACGCCAAGACUCCCAUGAUUGUUCUGGAGGCUAUGCAAAGCUAUUUUCGUCUGAAAAUUACCACCAAAACAACGUAACAAACGAAACAAAGUAUUCUAUCAUGUUUGGACCUGAUAAAUGCUCAACAACCAACAAAGUUCACUUCAUUUAUAGAUUCCAAAUGCCACACGAGGACACAAUCAAAGAACAUCAUAUGACAUCUCCUCCAGAAUCAAAAGGUGACAAAUUAAACCAUCUUUAUACAUUGAUUAUUCGACCAGACAAUACAUUCUCGGUAUUCAUUGAUGAUUCCGAAGCCAAAAAAGGCAAUCUUUUGAAUGAUUUCGAUCCUCCGAUUACUCCUCCGAAAGAAAUACCAGAUCUAACAGAUAAAAAACCAUCGGAUUGGCCUGAAAAGAAGAUUUCCGAUCCAAACGAGACAAAACCUGAAGACUGGAAUGAAACAGAACCAGAAUACAUCGAAGACGUCAAUGAUACGAUGCCUGCGGACUGGAAAGUCAACGAAUCAAUGUAUAUACCUGAUCCUAACGCUACAAAACCUCAAGAUUGGGAUGAAAUAAUUAUGGGUGACUGGGAACCGCCAAUUGUCUUGAAUCCGAACUGUUCCAAUCAUCAUUGCGGUAACUGGACACGAAAACUCGUGAAGAAUGAGAAAUACAAAGGAAAAUGGCAUGCAAAAUUGAUAGAUAAUCCAAAUUACAAAGGAGAAUGGGAACCGAGGAAGAUUCCUAACCCUAAUUACACAACUGAGCCCAUAAACUUCACUCUUAUGCCAAUUGUUUCGAUUGGUUACGAGUUAUGGGUUGUUGAUAAAAAUGUCGGAAUAAAUAACAUAUGGGUUGGCAGUAAUGAAACAGCUGUUCAUGAAUGGAAUAAGAUACACUUCAUUCCGAAGCUUAAAGAACAAGAAGCGAAUAAUCAAGACAAUAUUGCUUCAAAAAGUCGGCCGGGAAGUGUUGAUUCUGAGACAAUAAUGAGUCUUUUAAUCAACACUUUGUUCGGAGGAUUCUUUGAAGCAUACAGAAACGCUGUUUCUUUGUAUCCAAAAACAAUUUACGCUUCUAUCGCGUUUGCUGUUAUUGCAACCAUCGUAUCGUUCGCCAUAUCAUUCGUUAUUGAUGUUUAUGGUGAAGAAUUAUACGAAAAAUGGAAAAAGAAAAGAGAACAAAAUAAAUCAAGAAAUGAUAAAAAGAAGAAAAAGAAAAAUUAG